AGCAUGCACGUGAGUACCGGCAUAAUGCAUGUUGAAUGCAGAUGCUCCAUGCAUCAUGCAAUUGAGUGCGAAGUUUCCAGUUGCAUAUACUGUGACUAGCUGUAGACAAAGCAAAACCUCGGCUCUCGGGUUGUUUCACACACUGACACCAGUCACGUACGUGGUGCUAAGCCUACUAGCAGUCUGCUAAAAAAAAUGGCCAACAGAGGCGACAACCAUUGCGGUGAAACUGCCGAGGAGUUUCUGGCUGACAUGGAGAAAAAGCUCGUGGGCGGAAUGAUUGGUAUCGUGGUUGCCAUUGGCAUGGAGACUGGGCUUUUUGAUGUCUUGAUAUCAUUGGGUGGAGAACCCAAGACCAGCGUGGAGAUUGCAGACGCUGGUAACUUCAAAGAAAGAUAUGUCAGGGAGUGGUUAGGCGCAAUGACAGCUGCUAGAGUGGUGAACUUUGACCCUGAGGAGGAGAAAUACUGGCUGCCUGUCCAUCGGUCAAACAUCACAGAGCUGAGGGGCCUUGCCAUGAGCGCUCCGAUUCUCUGUGGGGGCUUCCUCCAAGUGGUGGGGUGCUUCCAAAAAGAUGGCCCCCCAGGAGUUCCGUUCAGCCAGUACCCCCGAUUUGAUGAGUUGAUGACUGUUACACAAGGGCCCUGGUUCCACACGAAAAUGAUCCAAGAGUUUAUUCCUUCCAUGCCCCAGAUACAGAAACAACUUGAUGAGGGAAUAGAAGUUCUUGAUGCUGGCUGUGGGGCAGGCCUGUCCACCAGGAUCUUGGCCGGUCACUUCCCCAAGAGUAGGUUCUGCGGUGUCGACCUGUCAGAGUCUGCAAUCCUGGAGGUGAAAGAAACAGCCAAGGAGACAGGCCUCACCAAUGUUGAAUUCCUGGCUAGCGACAUAUCGCGAUUGCCCACCGACUGGACGGAGAGGUUCCACUUUGUAUUCAUCAGUUUUGUCCUGCACGACUUAUCCUACCCUGCUCAGGUUCUCCUCGAGAUGUACAGGGUACUCCGACCAGGUGGCACCCUUUCCAUCAUCGAGGUCAACAGCCACUCCAAGCUGAAGGAUAACCUGGCCUUUGAGGAUCGCGACAGGAUCUGUCUGGACUACACCUACAGCGUGCUGAACUGUCUCCCAACCUCCCUGGUGCAAGGGGAUGGGGCGGGGCUAGGAGCUUUCUUGGGGAGGGAGGAGGCCCAGAAGAUGCUGGAAACGGCCAACUUUGAAGUUGUUGCCAUCACUGAAAUAGCUACUGAGUCAAUGCAUAUCAUGUGCAAGAAACCUUGAAGAUCAGAUCCCUUUUUGAAGUCAUAUUCAUUCAGCGUAAUUCAACUGCAAGACCCCGUCUUGUAAAAAAUGAAACUUUUAGAAGUGAGAACUGAUUAUCUCCCAUUAGCCUUCAUCUCCAACUCUCAAGGCAGCGUAGAGAUACUGUGGGCUGUUGAGUCAUUCAAGAUUUAUAUAUUUUGGUUUAAAUCCUAAUAUGCUUAACUGAAAUUGUGCGCCAAUGGCAAUCAUUAGUGGCAAAUGAUAACCCAAGAGAAUGAAAUUAUGGUUGGACAUCAGACAUUUUCUAACCGUUUUCCUUAUUUGUCCACACAAAUGGGGAGGCUAGACAUGGAUAAUGUCCGAGCAUGCUUGGCUUUUAAGUUCACCCUCGUGACUUGCAUUUCAAACUAUCAUGCAUAUUGAAAUUGUACAUAUUUGGCUUUGUUUAACUUUCAGGGGUGAGAUUUCUCAGCUUUACAGCUGAUUUCAGCUUGAUUUUGCAUUGGAGUUCAGCUUUUUUUCCUCAC